AUGCAUAUUAUUAGUCUUGUUGAAACUUGGAGUGACAGUGGUAAACCUGUUGAUAAUAUACCUGGAUUUGAUUUUAUAUGUAAUAGUACCAGGAAAAAACAUAAAAGAGCCAGACGUGGUUCUGGUGGUAUUUCUCUGUAUGUCAGAAGCUCUAUAUAUAAAGGUAUAUCCAAAUUAACUAGUACUCAUAAUAAUGCUGUAUGGGUUAAACUAGAUAAACAUUUUUUUAAUCUUAAGAAUGAUAUUUUUAUGGCUAUAGUAUAUUUUUCACCAGAAUAUUCUUCUGGUUGUACAGAAGACAUAAAUGAAGUUUAUUCAAAGUUGCUAAGAAAUAUUGAGCACUAUAGUCAACUUGGAGAUAUUGUAAUUCAAGGUGAUUUUAAUGCAUAUACUAAUACUAUUCCUGAUUUUGUUAUCUCUGAUGAAGCAAAAUUCCCAAAAUCAAAAGACAAUGAGUAUUCAAUUGACUCACAUAAUUUAAGAAAUAAUCUUGAUUCAAAAUCUGCAAAUAAGAGUGGAAAGUUAUUAAUUGAUUUAUGUAAAGAAUCCGGACACAGAAUACUGAACGGAAGAACUAUUGGAGACCCUUUGGGCAAAUGUACAUGUAUAACAUAUAAUGGUUCCAGUCUUGUAGACUAUACACUUGUGUCUUCUAAUAUAUUACCAUGCAUUGGAAACUUUAAAGUCAGUGAUUUUACUCCAAUAUCAGAUCACUGUCCUAUCAGUUGCUCUUUACUUACUUGCUUUCAAAAAUGUAAAACUAUAGAGACAAAAUUAGAUCCUCUCCCUGGUAAAUUUUUUUGGGAUAACAAAGCAAUGGAUUGUUAUACUACAAACAUUCAAAACUCACAUGUAAAACAAAGACUAUAUGAAUUUGUAAAUGAUAAACAGAUUGAUUCUAAUUCAGCUGUUGAAAAAUUCAACGCUAUUUUGUGUGAUACAGCACUUUUAUCAACUAAAUUUGUUCAAAAGAAAAUCAUGAAUAGGCCUAUUAAGAAAAAUAAAAAACCAUGGUUCUCAGACUCAUGUCAUGACCUCCAUACUACAGUUAAAAAGUACUGUUUACUUGUAAAUAAGUUUCCAGGCAACGGAUCCUAUAGAAAAUCAUUUUACUCAUUCAAAUCUAAACUAAGAAGAAGGUGUAAACAAGAAGAAAGAAAUUACAAGAGUCAAAUCUGUGACAAAAUUUCACUAAAUAUGAAAAAAGACCCUAAGACAUUUUGGAAUUUACUUAACAAAUUAAGUUCUCUUUCAGAAAUAAAAGAGGAAAACCAUUUUGAUCAAGAAUUAUUUAUAAACUACUUUAAAAAAAUGAACAGUACUUCUAGUAUCCAAAACGAUAAAUUCCAUGACAUAAUUAUUGAAAAAUUAACAGCCUUAAAAAAGACACUAAAUACAUGCAACUCUGACAACGAAUUUAAUAAACAAAUCCAGCCAGCUGAAAUUUUAAAUGCAGUUAAAACACUUAAAAAUGGUAAAUCAUCAGCUGAAGACUUAAUUUCUAAUGAAAUGAUUAAAUGUGGUAUGCCAGUAUUAUUAGAACCCCUAUUAAAACUUUUCAACCUAGUAUUUAUGAAAGGCAGCUUCCCAAAAUUAUGGAACAAAAGUCUGAUUACUUUAAUUCAUAAAAAGGGGAACAAAUCUUACCCCUCUAAUUAUAGAGGUAUCUCAUUGACUUCUAAUUUGGGAAAAUUAUUCAAUAAAAUUAUACACACUAGACUAAUGAAGUUUAUUAACACUAAUAAUUUGAUAGUGAAAAUCAGAUUGGCUUCAAAGAAAAAGCUAGAACAGCAGAUCAUAUCUUCUCAUUAA